UCUCUCCCCCAGAGACUGAUGGAGAGGCAGAAACGGAAGGCGGAUAUCGAGAAGGGGCUGCAGUUCAUUCAGUCGACACUACCCCUAAAGCAAGAAGAAUAUGAGGCCUUUCUGCUCAAGCUGGUGCAAAAUCUGUUUGCUGAGGGCAAUGACCUGUUCCGAGAGAAGGACUAUAAGCAGGCCCUGGUGCAGUACAUGGAGGGGCUGAACGUGGCGGACUACGCUGCCUCUGACCAGGUGGCCCUGCCCCGGGAGCUGCUGUGCAAGCUACAUGUCAACAGAGCUGCCUGCUACUUCACCAUGGGCCUGUAUGAAAAGGCGCUGGAGGACAGUGAGAAGGCUCUGGGACUGGACAGCGAGAGCAUCCGGGCACUAUUUCGCAAGGCACGUGCCCUCAACGAGCUGGGACGCCACAAGGAGGCUUAUGAGUGCAGCAGCCGGUGCUCCCUUUCCCUGCCACAUGAUGAAAGUGUCACUCAGCUUGGUCAGGAGCUGGCGCAGAAGCUUGGGCUGCGAGUUCGCAAGGCAUAUAAGAGGCCCCAGGAAUUGGAAACCUUUUCUCUGCUUAGUAAUGGCACUGCGGCUGGCGUGACAGAUCAGGGAACUUCUAAUGGAUUGGGGUCCAUAGAUGACAUCGAAACAGACUGCUACGUGGAUCUGCAAGACUCCCCGGCCCUCCUCCCUUCCACCCCCACGAUGCCCCUGUUCCCUCAUGUUCUGGAUCUGCUGGCCCCCCUGGACAGCAGUAGCAGGGUUCUCCCCAGCACCGAGAGUCUAGAUGACUUCUCAGAUGGGGAUGUCUUCGGUCCAGAGCUGGACACCCUCCUGGACUCACUGUCUCUGGUUCAGGGUGGCCUGCCCGGCAGCGGCAUGCCUAGCGAGUUGCCUCAGCUGAUACCUGUGUUCCCUGGUGGGACCCCACUGCUGCCACCUGUGGUGGGCGGCUCCAUCCCCGUCUCCAGCCCACUGCCCCCCGCCUCCUUCGGCCUGGUCAUGGACCCCUCCAAGAAGCUAGCCGCCUCUGUGCUGGAUGCCCUUGAUCCCCCGGGCCCCACACUGGACCCCCUGGACCUGCUGCCAUACUCCGAGACUCGGCUGGAUGCCCUUGACAGCUUCGGGUCAACCCGAGGCUCCUUGGACAAGCCUGACUCCUUCAUGGAGGAAACCAACUCGCAGGACCACCGUCCUCCAAGUGGUACUCAGAAACCAGCCCCUUCGCCAGAGCCCUCCAUGCCCAACACCGCCUUGCUCAUCAAGAACCCCUUGGCUGCCACUCACGAGUUCAAGCAGGCCUGCCAGCUCUGCUACCCCAAGACAGGCCCCAGGGCUGGUGAUUAUACCUACCGGGAGGGCCUUGAGCACAAGUGCAAGCGGGAUAUCCUGCUCGGCCGGCUCCGGAGCUCCGAGGACCAGACCUGGAAGCGAAUCCGGCCCCGGCCCACCAAAACCAGCUUUGUGGGCUCCUACUACCUGUGUAAAGACAUGAUUAACAAGCAGGACUGUAAGUACGGGGAUAACUGCACCUUCGCCUACCAUCAGGAGGAGAUCGACGUGUGGACCGAGGAGCGGAAGGGCACCCUCAACCGCGACCUACUCUUUGACCCGCUGGGGGGCGUCAAGCGUGGCAGCCUCACCAUCGCCAAGCUCCUUAAGGAGCACCAGGGCAUCUUCACCUUUCUCUGUGAGAUCUGCUUUGACAGUAAACCCCGGAUUAUCAGCAAAGGCACCAAGGACUCUCCCUCUGUCUGCUCCAACCUGGCUGCCAAACACAGCUUCUACAACAAUAAAUGCCUGGUGCACAUCAUCCGCUCCACCUCCCUCAAGUACUCCAAGAUCCGCCAGUUCCAGGAGCACUUUCAGUUCGACGUGUGCCGUCACGAGGUGCGCUAUGGAUGCCUGCGGGAGGACAGCUGCCACUUCGCCCACAGCUUCAUUGAGCUCAAAGUCUGGCUGCUGCAGCAGUACUCAGGCAUGACCCAUGAAGACAUCGUUCAGGAAUCCAAGAAAUACUGGCAGCAGAUGGAGGCCCAUGCAGGGAAGGCCAGCAGCAGCUUGGGUGCCCCACGGACACAUGGGCCCAGCACCUUUGACCUGCAGAUGAAGUUUGUGUGUGGCCAGUGCUGGAGGAAUGGGCAGGUGGUGGAGCCUGACAAGGACCUCAAGUACUGCAGUGCCAAGGCCCGGCACUGCUGGACCAAGGAGCGGCGGGUCCUUCUGGUGAUGUCCAAAGCCAAGAGAAAAUGGGUAUCAGUGAGGCCACUGCCAUCCAUUCGCAACUUCCCACAGCAAUACGAUCUCUGCAUCCACGCACAGAACGGCCGCAAGUGCCAGUACGUGGGGAACUGCUCUUUCGCACACAGCCCUGAGGAGAGAGACAUGUGGACAUUCAUGAAGGACAACAAGAUCUUGGACAUGCAGCAGACCUAUGACAUGUGGCUGAAAAAACACAACCCAGGGAAACCUGGAGAAGGAACCCCAAUCAGUUCUCGGGAAGGGGAGAAGCAGAUCCAGAUGCCCACGGAUUACGCCGACAUCAUGAUGGGUUACCACUGCUGGCUCUGCGGCAAGAACAGCAACAGCAAGAAGCAGUGGCAGCAGCACAUUCAGUCUGAGAAGCACAAGGAGAAGGUCUUCACGUCUGACAGUGACGCCAGUGGCUGGGCCUACCGCUUCCCCAUGGGCGAGUUCCGGCUUUGUGACAGGCUCCAGAAGGGCAAGGCCUGCCCAGACGGGGACAAGUGCCGCUGUGCCCAUGGACAGGAGGAACUCAACGAGUGGCUGGACCGGCGUGAGGUGCUGAAGCAGAAGCUGGCCAAAGCUCGCAAGGACAUGCUUCUGUGCCCACGGGAUGACGACUUUGGCAAAUACAACUUCCUGCUGCAAGAGGACAGGGACACAACUGGUGCCACCCCAGAAGCCCCUGCCAUUGCUGCCACCACUGGGGAGUAGGGCCAGGUCUUGGCCAUGGGCAAAGUCCUGGGGUCAGGGGGUGGGGGUGGAGACAGAGGGUCUGAUAGCAGGGUCAGGGCAGGCCAGCUGGGGGUGGGGGUCACCCUAAUCAGGCAGUCCCUAGCCCCUGGGGCCCUGGCCAUCCUCUCCGUCCCCAGUGCCCCAGGUAUGCAAACCCAGGUGCACAUGCUGCAGCCCCAAGCAGUCCCAGGGUCCUGGUCCUGCUGGAACCUGGACAGACCCUUCCCACCCCCAUGGCUCUCCUGGUUGAGGAGGGAGGGGCCUGGCUGACCCCUCCAGCUUCAGCCUACAGCUUUAACUUCUCUCUGCUCCUAAAGGGGCCCAAAGCUCAGGGCUGGGGAGUCUGGGUCCCCACUUGAAUCUGCAGCAGGAGGGUCCUUCUCCCUGCCCCAUCCUCACCCCACCCCAUCCUCACCCCACCCCCCUCUCCCUGGGAGCAGACCAGGACACACAGAGGGCAGGAGGCCCCAAUUAGCUUUAAAAUACAGCCCCACAAUGGAGCUGAGAACACUGUACUGGUCACUUACCCUCUGGGACUUCAGCUUCCCCUCUGGUUGGAAGAGUGGGAAGGGCUGGGCUAGAUGAUCUUUAGAGUCUGACUAAGCUGUCUCGCUCCUCUGUCUGACUCUACCACCCCAACCCCAUUCUCGAUGGAUAUAGAUGGUAGAUCCUCAGAGGUGACCCAGCCCAAGCCCUAUUGUGGAGAAAGGAGAACUAAGGCCUGGAAGAGUGGAGUGAUUUGCCCAGGCUCCCAGCAUUAGGCAGAUCUGGGAUGAAAACAGUGGUCAAAAGACUCAGGGCCAGUUAUUAGCUAGAGCCUGCCUGCUCCUCAGCAGGGGCGUGGCAGUUUCUGAAUCCGUGUGCAGCUAGGAGUCCAGGGCCUGGGGAAGGGAGGCCCAGAGGAGGGCUGGUGGUAUCAGUACCCCAUGGAGGGACAGUCCCCUCUCAAGGAUGGUUGGAGGGAGUGUAGCAGAGGCUACUUCCCCAUGCCCACUUGGGAAAAGGCAGCAAAGGACAGGACACCAUGAGCUCAGGAUCUGCAGAGGCAUGGGGGUGGGGAGGGUGGGAGUCUGGGGUAUAUGGAGAAAAGGUAGGCUUGACCUUGGGCACCAUGGGCCACUCCAGGAGGGGACAUAGCCCCUUUCUUUAGGACCCAGCAUGGUCCUCUCUCUAGAACCAGACAUAUAAUUAUGACUGUCUGUCCCAGCUCCUCCCUGAUCCCCAGCCCAACCAGCUGCCUGGGACCCCAGUGGACACCCAGUCCCUGCUCCCACCCAACAAGUCCUCUCCUGUUCCUCUCGUCUGACAUGUCUGUGUGCACCCCUUCCUCUCUACCCCACCCCCAUGGGCAGGCCCAGCCUCCUCUGGUUCCCCAGACAUUCCAGAUACCCCAACCAUUGGCACAAGGAGUGGGGAGCCCCGGAAGGAACCAGGGACCAAGGCUGAGGGGGUUGAGAAGGAGAGAAGGGAAUACCCCAUUCUCCUCAGCAAGGAUAAGUGAGUGCGCUGGCAUAGUGACGGGUACCCAGGGCUAUAGAAAACCCUGUUCCUCUUGCCACCACUGCCUGACCUUUCCCGGUAAUUGGCAUGCACCCUUUCCUCUUCCCUGCCUCCGCCCCUGCCCCCAGCAGGUCAGCACUGCAGAGUUUGGGUGCUGGCAGCGUAGCUGGAGGGGAGGAGAGACCACACCCAAGGUGGGGGGGCUGUGGCCGUGAAUGUCGAUGAUACUUGUUUUCCCUGGUCUGUGGUGUUGCAGUCUGUUGUCACCAGCCUUGUUUUUAGUGUGUAUAUAUGUUGCCCCCAUGAUGCAUAUAUACACAGGUAUUAAAUAUAUCGCUCUAUAUAAUAUUAUAUAUGUGUGUGGUAUCCAAGGAAUCACUUCUAAUGAGGGCUAAAGAUAAAGAAUUUGACCAGAAAAUGCAGCCAUCCUCGUGUGAUUAGGAGAGUUUUUCAGGGUCAUCAGGCUAAAUGCAAGGAGACAGGGCAUAGAACCAUGGUUUAGAGGUGACUGGGCAGCUAGGGGGCCAACUCUGCCUGAUAGCUUCCCAGACCACCCUAAUCUAGAGGGAGAGAGCAGGAGUGCUCAGGGAGAGAAAAUGGUUUGUAUUUGUCUUCCUCCAUAAGGAAUAGGACUAGAGUCCAGAGUUUUCAUCUUCAGCCUAUUAUCUGUCCAGGAACUCUUUGGGAUCUGGGCUCCCUGGCCUGGCCAGAGCUGGGUCCCCCACAGGAUAAGGAAGAGAGAAUAGGAGGCAGGGAGUGAUGGGGUGCGCAGAAAACACUUAAUGAUAAGAGUACCCAUUUUCGUUGUAACUCCUCUAGGGCCCCCAGCUUGGAGGCUCAGAUUGUUGAAUCCAGGUCCUAUGCCCACUCCUAGCAGGCAGGGACAAGAUGGCAUGUCAAACAUGGGGGCAAGGCUGGGGAGGGGAUGGAUGCUGCAUUUCUCAGCUGGGCAGUAAUCAAUUUAAUGAUCCUUUAAAAUGUCUAUGUAUUAAAAUUUUAAGAAUACCACACUUUAAUAUUAAAUAUUCAUAAGGUCUAGUAUCUUGAUAAUAAUGUAGAUGUUUUAAUAACAAUUUUUGUCCUUCUUAAAAUAAAAUAAAAGAAACUUGCUUCUUUUAGCCUUUGUUCUAGAAAAUAAACUUGUGCACUUUGACCUCUG